AUGACGGACGUGAACAUCCGACGAAUCGACAAGACGAGCGUGAGCGACGCCGACAAGAGCGCCAUGAAGCGCGUCCUCGCGGCCGCCUUCGCGGGGUACGCACCCCACAUGGCCAUCUGGCACAACGAGGCGGCGAACACGCGCCUGAUGGACGAGAUGGUCGAGCACUUUCUCCGCCGGCACGAGGUCGUCGCGGCGUACAUCGGCGACCACGUGGCUGGCGUCGCGCUCUGGGUGCCGCCGGGGCACGAGUUCAUGAGCGACGCCGAGGCGGAGGGCAUGAACUCGCUGUCGCUCCUGCCGCCCAAGCGGGGCGAGUUUGUCGCGACGAGGGUAUUGCCCGCAAUCGACGUGCUCACCGACGCUUCCUUCCCCGACGCCGAGGAAGAGUGGCACUACCUCUUCAUGCUAGCCACGGACCCGACCGUCCAAGGCAGCGGCGUCGGCUCGGCGCUGCUCGCGCACAAGAUUGCAGAGCGUGGCGACGUCCCCCUCUGCCUGCAUACCAACUCUGAGCGCAAUGCGCGCUUCUACGCGCGCACCGGGUUCACCCAGCGAGCAGAGCAUAACCUCCCCUUGCCGUUCGGCGCGGUCUGGAACGACCGCUUCUUCACGUUACCUGCUGACGCGUCGACGCGCGCCAUGCGCGAGCUCGCCGCCGAGGCGGAGAGCACCUAG